AUGAGGUUCUCUACGUCUUACCUUGUGCUUACGACUUCGUGUCUUGCAGAUGCUGCAAUAAUAUCUCAAUUUUCCUCACCCGGUCGACUGACAGGUAGCUCUUUUGGAAUCCCGGCUCGAAAUGCAACCUACGACUAUAUCAUUGUUGGUGGUGGUCAGGCUGGUAGUGUCAUGGCAGCGAGGUUGACGGAGCACUCAAAUGCUACGGUCGCUAUCAUCGAAGCCGGGAACUUCUAUGAGCUCAGCAAUGGCAAUUUUUCCCAAAUUCCUUACUGGUCAUCUCAAGGCGUGGGAACAGCGCCAGAGGACUACAACCCGCAGAACGACUUCGCUCUGGAGACAGUACCACAAAUAAAUGGCGAAGUCGUACAUUAUGCUCAAGGUCGCAAUCUUGGAGGUUCUUCUGGCAGGAAUCAAAUGCUUUACCAUCGUCCAACGAAAGGCUACUACGAAGCUUUUGCUGACCAUGUUGGCGACUUGUCAUACACCUGGGACAACAUGACCACGUAUCUGGAAAGAAGCAUGACUUUCACUCCUCCAAGUGUGUCAGAUCCUGCAAGAGCAAGUUCGAUACCCUACGAUCCAUCGGUAUUUAGCUCCGAUCCCAACUACAGCCACCCACUUCAAGUCAGUUACCCAGACUAUACCUACCAGUUUUCCCAGAAUGCUCCGGCAGCUUUCGGAAACAUCGGUCUACAAGCUCAACCUGGCCUCAGUAGUGGCGUACUCCACGGUUAUGCUUACUGGACAAUGACAGUUGAUCCAAACACGGGUCUUCGUUCUUCCGCGGAGGCUUCGUUCCUUAACGAAGCAUUCGAACGUGACACAUUAACAGUAUACCUGAACAGUCUUGUCCAGAAUGUUAUAUUCUCAGCUAACAAGACUGCCGUCGGUGUCAAUGUCACUAGUUCGCCAGCUGGCACCCCCCUGAGCUUCUAUACACUCAAUGCUCGUCGCGAAGUACUGCUGGCAGCAGGUGCAUACCAUUCACCACAAAUCCUCAUGCUAAGUGGCAUAGGUCCGCAAGCGACGCUCGACCGAUACAACAUUCCAGUCAUCUCAGCUCUCGAAGGUGUAGGGCAGAACAUGUGGGACACUACAAAUAUCGGUGGUCCAGUUUUCAGAAUCAACGACACGUUUACCACAUAUUCAGACUUUCAGAGCAACCAAACAAUAAUGAACCAAGUCGAUGCAGAAUUUCUCGCCACUGGCAAUGGACCACUCACAAGCAUAGGCAGCGAUAUUGUAGCAUGGGACAAAUUACCUGCUAACGUAACAAGCACAUUCAGCAACGCAACGCAAGCACACAUCAAUAGUUUGCCAUCCGACUGGCCGGAGAUCGAGUACGGUUUCGGCACCACAAGUCGAAGCUUCCAGUCUGAGGAGGGCGCCAGUUUCGGAACCAUUAAUUGUCUCCUCAUCGGUACUGCGUCACGAGGCAACAUGACCAUCUCAUCUUCGUCUAUCCUCGAUCGUCCUGUUAUAAGCCCGAACUGGCUACUCGAUCCACGCGAUCAGGAAGUCGCGGUUGCAGCAUAUCGACGCGCAAGGCAAGCUUGGGAGGGCGUACCGGCUGCUGUGAAGGUUGGUGACGAGCUGUACCCAGGUAAGAAUGUUACAACUUAUGAGGAUUUGCUGGCAGCCAUCACGGGCAGUAUUGGCGCUAUCCACCAUGCCAGUGCCAGCUGUGCUAUGGGACGAGUAGGUGAGAGGGAUACAGUCGUUGACUCGAGGGGCCGAGUCAUGGGAGUACAGGGUCUGAGAGUUGUGGACUCAAGCUCGCUGGUCUUCACUCCACCUGGUCACACUAUGGGUGUGACUUAUGGACAUGCUGAGAAAUUAGCUCAGACUGUGCUUGAUGAUAUGUAG